AUGUUGAACUCAGUACCGAAGCAAAUAGUCCUGACACUCCAAUCUUCGCCUCCAUUUCUUCUUGAAAUUAUCCUUGCAAUCACCAUAGCUUUACUCUUGGCCAUUUCUUUGGUCACCAGACUUCAAUAUUUCCUCUCUCACCCUCUUUCCAGUCCGCCAUGUGAAUUCCUCCCCGAAUUUCAAAAAUACCUACCUCACUGA